AAUGCCAAAGAAAAAUAGUAUGUCUUAGGAAUUCAGUAGAAAUGGAGCGACUGAGCGAACUUGAUCGUGCAAUUUUAAACAUAUUAUUUGAUCCAUUGCAAGCGCAUGGAUCGAUUGAUUUUUCAGGAAACAAAGAUCUUGAUGCAUUGAACGAAGACAAAACGGAUGCUUUACCCGAGGAUAUUUUGAAUGUCGUAAAACUGGCUAUAUCUCACGCAGAGUUCGACGAUUUUAAUGAAUGUUUUCGUUUAUUUGAGGAAGCUUUGAAGAAAGCACCUUCUUCUCCAUCCAUUUUGAAUGAUAGAGCUCAAGCAUUACGUUUAGCUGGUCGUGAUAAUGAAGCAUUAGAGGAUCUGAACAUGGCAGUUGAACUUAGCCAAGGAAAAGGAAAAGCAGGCAUUCAGGCGCUUUGCCAACGUGGAAUAUUGUAUCGUUACAUGAAGGAGGAUCAAAAAGCUAAGGAAGAUUUUACGCUGGCAGCCGAAGCUGGUUCGAGCUUCGCCAAAUCGCAGCUCGUUUCUCUAAAUCCUUAUGCAGCUAUGUGUAACACUAUGUUGCGACAAAUUAUUCAAAAAUCCACUCAUCCUUGAAGAUAUCGUCGCUAAUUCUGAUAACAGUAGGAUCACAUCUGUGGAAACGUCGUGUCAAGUGAGAAAUGAUGUAUUAAAUUGCAUAAAAAUUUUAAAUGAAAUUAAAUCUUCCAUUUUCAAACUCAA